GUUGCUCAGGUCUGUUUGAGUCACGUGAUUCCUCGCUCAACAUGGAGGUGUAAGGUUGACAGUGAGAGGAGGAUCUGGACUGAGGCUAUUAAUAUCAAGCGUUGGGGAGAUCUCGAUCAACAGGAUGAACACUGAGAAGGACUUUGCUCCUCUCACCUCCAACAUUGUGAGGGCUCUCAAUGACAAGCUGUAUGAGAAAAGGAAAGUGGCUGCCCUGGAGAUUGAGAAGUUGGUGCGAGAGUUUGUAGCACAGAAUAACACUGGACAAAUCAAACACGUGAUCCAAAUCCUGUCCCAGGAAUUUGCACUUUCACAGCAUCCUCACAGCCGUAAAGGUGGCCUCAUCGGUCUUGCGGCCUGCUCCAUCGCUCUCGGCAAGGAUUCUGGUUUGUAUCUGAAGGAACUCAUUGAACCUGUUUUGACCUGUUUCAACGAUGCUGACAGUCGAUUGCGUUAUUAUGCCUGUGAGGCCCUGUACAACAUAGUGAAGGUUGCCAGGGGCUCAGUCCUUCCUCACUUCAAUGUACUGUUCAAUGGUCUCAGCAAGUUGGCUGCAGAUCCGGAUCCCAAUGUUAAAAGUGGCUCCGAAUUGCUGGAUCGAUUGUUGAAGGAUAUUGUCACAGAAAGUUCCAAAUUUGACCUUGUGGCCUUUGUCCCCCUCUUGAGAGAGCGAAUUUAUUCCAACAAUCAGUAUGCAAGACAAUUCAUCAUCUCCUGGAUCCUGGUAUUGGAAUGUGUUCCUGACAUUAACUUGCUGGAAUAUUUGCCAGAAAUCCUGGAUGGACUGUUUCAGAUUCUUGGUGAUAACAGUAGAGAGAUCCGUAAAAUGUGUGAGACUGUCCUUGUUGAGUUUUUGAAAGAGAUCAAGAGAAACCCUUCGAGUGUCAAAUUUGCAGAAAUGGCCAACAUCUUGGUCAUUCACUGCCAGGCCUCUGAUGACUUGAUUCAACUGACUGCAAUGACUUGGAUGAGGGAGUUCAUUCAGUUAGCUGGUCGUGCGAUGCUGCCCUACUCUUCAGGAAUCCUGACAGCUGUUCUACCCUGCCUCUCCUACGAUGACAGGAAGAAGAGUAUUAAGGAGGUAGCAAACGUGUGUAACCAGACCCUGAUGAAGCUGAUUAUGCCAGAGGAUGAUGGUGACAAUAUCAGACAGUUCAUGCUGCAGCAGCUAGAUGGUACCGCUGAUGAGUCCUCCUCCAGCCGCAAGGACUCCUCUGACCAGUCAAACAUGUCCCAGGACUUGAACACCAGCAACAACAUUGGCGAGUCUGUCACGAUAGACCAUUCUCAGGACGCCCUCGAUUUAGAUGGAAUCGUGCUGGUGCUCGAUCGGCAUCUUCAUGACACAGUUACAGGAAUGAUGACAAGAAUUGCUGUCUUGAAGUGGUUGUAUCACCUUUAUAUCAAAACUCCCAGGAAGAUGUUCCGGCACACAGACAGCCUCUUUCCCAUGUUGUUGAAGACACUUUCUGAUGAGUCGGAUGAGGUGAUCUUGAAAGACUUGGAGGUGCUGGCAGAAAUCGCUUCCUCUCCAGCGGGCCAGACAGAAGGGCAGGAUUCGUACGACAGCAACAGCACCCAAAAUAGUCAGUCAGAGCUGAAUAUUCCUAUUUCCUCCACACCAUUGAACACUUCCAGGCCCCGAACGUUGGAAUGCUCCCCCUCAACUCCCACCAUGAACUCUUAUUUCUUCAAGUUUAUGGUCAACUUACUGAAGCAGUUCAAUAAUGAGAAGAGACUGCUGGAAACACGAGGGCCUUUCAUCAUCCGGCAGCUGUGCCUUUUGUUAAACGCCGAGAACAUCUUUCAUUCCAUGGCUGAAAUCCUCCUUCGAGAAGAGGACCUCAAGUUUGCUUCCACCAUGGUCCAAACUCUCAACUCCAUUCUCUUGACGUCAACAGAACUCUUCCAGCUACGGAACCAGCUGAAGGACCUGCGCACAACGGAAAGCUGCAAUCUGUUCUGUGGCUUGUACCGUUCCUGGUGCCAUAACCCUGUCGCCACAGUGUCUCUCUGCUUCCUCACACAGAACUACAAACAUGCCUACGACCUCAUUCAGAAGUUUGGGGACCUUGAGGUGACCAUUGAUUUCCUGACUGAAGUGGACAAGCUGGUGCAGCUGAUCGAGUGUCCAAUCUUCACAUAUCUGCGGUUGCAACUCCUUGAUGUUGAGAACAAUCCCUACCUGAUCAAAGCCCUAUAUGGACUCCUUAUGCUCUUGCCCCAGAGCAAAGCAUUCCAGCUCCUUUCCCAGCGACUGCAGUGUGUACCCAACCCGGAACUUAUGCGAACCACGCCCAGGGAGAAGUCCACAGCCCCCAACAGGCAGGUCCCUUUGGAAAUCAACUACAGUGAUCUGCUGCAGCACUUUGAGAAGGUACAGAACAAGCACCUGGAAAUCCGGCACCAGCGAGCGGGCCGCACUGACCAGCUGGACAGGAAGCACCCCCGUGACACAGAGGCAAAUUCUUCUAUAUGAUGGUGCUCCAGCCAAAGGACAAUGCUCGACUGUCGAACUGCCAGCUGUAAGACUGACUGAACCGUGAAGCCCUUUUUGUUGGGCUGUCCCACUGCCUUUGUAAUGCAAAGUUCUUUGCCACCACUAAUACUCACAGUACGUGAGCUGGGCAAUGUUCCUGUGUUAAUUGUGUAGAAUUUAUAGGUCUGUGAGAACCUCAGUGGAGUAGUGAUCACUGUUCCCCAAGGCCCCCCCCCUCCUCCAUUUGCACUGACCACUGUUUUGUAAUGCUCCGACAUGGGUUAACUCUUUGCACUGAUCAUUGCUCUCUCUCAUUCCCCUUCACUGACCCAAAGUGUUCAGGUUUUUGCACUAUCACUGCUUAUCACUGCUGGCAAGCCACAUAUCAUAGUUCUUCAGUUCAGAGAGUAUUUUAAUUUGUGCUUGUGUCCCCACCCCCUGCAUGACUUUCCACAGGUAGACCUCCUCCACAGCGGUGAUCAAAUUCUAUUCUAAAGCCAUUCUUUCUUUCACAGGAACAGAAAUUAUCCCGGCCAGCACUAAUUUGAAAAUUUCUCCAGCAGCCAGAAUUUACAAUAUUGUUAAGUGAACUUGGUCAUUGUGAGUAGGCUGUUUGUUCCUUCUUUAAUUGCACUACUCAAUAAGCACAGGCUGGAGCAUUAUAAGAGGAGUGGAUUUGUACUGAUCUCAUGUCCACUGGUUUUCAAAGCUGUUGUGACUGGUGUGGACAGUGGGAAGAUAUGCCACUGCUUCAAUAGGGGCCUCUUCUCAAAUUGAAGCUGCCACAUGUUGUUAUGACAAGUACAGUGAGCUUUAUCUACAUUUUACAGUCAGAUACCGAACCUAGUUUUGUUUGUCACUGGUGAUGAUGCUGGUAAUGAGCAACACUAAACAUCCCAUACCCUGCUGAGCACUGGCAUACUUACAGAGCAAGUGGCAAGGCAAACGAUAGUCAAUAGAAUUUAAAUCAGGCGCAUCUUAUUAAACAGAGAGGUGAAAGGAAUUCUCUGAUCUUGGCUGAUCUUGACUGAAGGUUGGUCAUUGAAUUGAAAUAAACCAUGGAUUUUAUAAUUGAAGGAUUUGGUAAAAAUGACUAUAAAAUCAGGUGCACUAAAUGCUGCUUUGGAACAUUCCAAUGUGACUAGUAAGAGACACAGUUGUACCAUAAUUUGAAUGACCUUACCGGGUAAUCCUGAGAAUCAACUGCGUUCACUUCAGAAAGCAAUGAAAUGAAGACAGAGUAACUUUUCUGAGCACAGAGCUCAGUGGUGGGUUAUCCAUCUGCCUCACCAGUAAAGCUCCCAACCUGAACAUUGCUGACCUGUUUGUCACACUUGAUGGUUGUCACAUUCUGUUGAUACAUAAGAUUUCUGAAAGCAAUUUGGAUGUCAAGCUUGUUGUUUUAAACUAUCAGGUGAGAGAUAGGGGAGAUGUUGUGGAUUGAAAAUUUUUCACUGAGAUAAAUCAUGACAGCCCUGCUGCUGAUCUUUGAGCUUUGUGAUUAUACUCUCGGUUUCACUGGCCUCUCGUUUUUCCCUGUCCCUCCUUUGACCUGUCGUUACUGUCUAUUUAUAGCAAUGAAAUCUUCAGAAGACCAAAGUUAUGGAAUAGCAAGGCCCAACUGUAAAAACAUUGUUUUCUGUCUAUAUUUUGUAAAAGCAGCAAACAUUGAUAUUUGGUCAGCCAGUAAGCUUGAGAAUAGAGCAAGACUUUUUCUAAUUUACUUGAACAACAACAAGCAGUCUGAACUGGUGAACAGGACUGGAGCAGAGUCUGUGCACUAAUGCGCAACAGCAAACUGGCUUGAAUGUAGCAGGAUUGUUUCUCCAAUGGAAUGUGUGGAGUGUGGAGGAGAGAUUGUGUUGUAAUAGAACUUCAGGCAUGUUUCAUAGACAGAGGAAUUGCCCAAAUAGUUCCAUUCUGAUUGCAAAUAGCGGUUUCACUAUAUUCAGCCUUGUUCAAUUUUAAAAUAGCACAACCUCCUCACGUUGAGAAGUAGAGAAGCUUUCUCCCUAGCCUGACCUGUGAAAGGAGCCACAGUAUCAACUGCUCCUUCAAGCAUUUGCUGUUUAAUUAGAAAUAUUCAAAAUUUUAAAAAUAAGUUUUAGAAAUAAGGCUAAUUCUUUGCAGUUUUAUAGACCAGUUGCUGCUGUCACUCUUUCUGAGCUCAACUGUCUCCAGAUUUCAGACCCACUUAAUAGUUGAUCAGUCCCAAGACGGAAAAAUAUUUAAACCCAUUUAAUGUUCUCCAAUGAAAUAAAUAAAAUUGACCACCACAUCUCAUACAACGUGUAUAAACUCAACAAGAUUAGAUUCUUUCCUGAUUUGGUUGUGACUUUAAGCUCCUGAUUGGCUGUAACAUGGAUUAGUGGCCUAUUGGUCAAUGCAGCCAAUAUCCCCUCAGAUCCUGAAAUCUCCAGUCCCUGAAGUCUCCCACAAUCCUUCCCAGUUUUCUAAAUAUAUGUUUAAACACUGAAUAAUGACACCACUCCCUUUUAAAAAGAUAAACAGAACUCACUACAAUUAAUUGGAACAGCAUUCUGCCUCUCCUUCCUUCAAUGACCCUUUUCAGAGGGAAAGGGAAGCACAUUGGGAUUAACUUUUUAUAUCUAUGAUAAUGUAUUUGAAUUUGAUUUUAAAUUAGCAUGCUGCCUACAUAUAAUAGAUCAUUUAUGUUCUGUUCUGUUUGUCCAGCACAAGGACAUCAGAAUUAUGAGAGAAAACACAUCAGUGGUUUAAUUCAAUAUCUCGAUUGAAAAGUUGUACUCUGUGCAUCUCUGUGUUGAGUAUGAUAUUCCAUUUAUCUCAAAUCUCACCAUUCCCAUCGCUGUGGACAGACCUGUAGCAAUCAGUACUCCACCUGCAGACCUCCAUCCUCCCAGAUCUGUAGUCCCCAAUUAUACAGUGGCAGGCCACUGCUGAUCACACUGCGAUGCAAUGCCCAACACAUUCCAGCUUUGGAAGAGAAAUGCAAGUGUAUAUACAAUGGGUGUUUUUCACAUCUCGAAAUGUGAUUAUUGCACAAAUUCCCUCUGACACGUAACUUCUCAUAAUGUGCAACAUGUUCCAUAUAAUUUUAUUAAACUUCACUUUCAAUUUUAUUGGACCUUUUCCUGGGCAUUUGGAUGGCUUUAGGCCAUUAACACCUUGUCUAUGCGCAGAAUGAUUGAUAACUUUCACUGUUCAGAGGUGAGCAUUCUGUGUAAUGAUGUUGAGUCUCCCAGGUGCAUUGUGCGGAGCAGUUUGUUCCUUGACCUUCUCUGGCUAACUUGUAUUAUCUUAUUCUGGUUUUCUGGAUUCCAGGCCUGAGCAGUGACUUGGCCACACAGGUGUGCUGCAGCUGCCUGGGGGUUGAGGGAGUUUGGAGGGUGGUUGCUCGUUGACUAUUUACUACAAUGUACGGGUAAAGAAAUAAAGAGGCUGCCUGCAGUAUGUUGUUGGAGCACUUUUUGUGGUUGAGCUCGACCUUUGGUGUAUCUUUCAUCAUCUCACCCAACCUCCCCCCAACUAAGCAGUCGUGUCCCAGUCUAGCAGUGUAUGUGCCAACUGCUGUCAGCGCCUGCAGAAAAUGUGCAAUUGGACUCUCACUCCCCUCCCUGGAUGUCAUGGGCACUCCUUUGGGUCAAUUGUGUCCACAAGUAGCUUGCCCCGCCCUCCCUGAGCUUGAAGAGUUUGAUCAGCGAAACCUCUCAGCUUGUCUUUGCAUGUAGGAGCUCUGAACUGGCACUCCGACUGCUGGGAGGCCAUCUCCUAGUUACUUCUGGUAACCCCUCUUUGAAUAGCAGCAGUCCUGCAGGAAUCUUUGUUCCACGCUGCACCAAAAAUGAUACAUUUGAAAACCGCUGGGGGGUAUCUUUGAUAAAGUACCGGGGUGACGUCAAGGAGGUCGGCUAGGGGAAUGCUGCAGCCACUUGGGCCUGCUUUGACAAUCAGACUCACUGUUUUGUUUGUUUUUUGCCUUCAUUUGGGUGGGAUGAAGUGUUCUCCCGAGUACCUGAAAUGUCCAGUGAGAAUUUGGGCUGUUGCCUGACCGCACAGUGUAUUUCAGGCCCAGAUUUCCGAUCCGUGCUGAUUUGCUCUGGACAAGAACGUCCCCAUUCAGAUACUGAUAUCUGAGCUCAGAGUAACGAAAUAAUGAUUUUGUUUUUGCAGUAUGUGCCACAGCUCCCCACAGCUUGUGCACUGCCCAAGGUCAAAUCAUUGCUGUUGCAAUCGAGAGCAGGGGAGAACAGCAAUCUGUUUAGGUCCAUUCGCAGGUAAGUACGCCCCCCUCCUUUGGUACUGAACCACACCAAGUAGGAAGCACUCCGAUCCAGCUCAUGUAAUGGAGGGAGGAGUUGGUGCUCCAAGUUCAUUGCUAAUUCCUAGUGAGCGAUGUGUUACAUCCAAGCACCUGAGCACUGAACAAGGACCAAGGUUGAGCUGGCUGUGAAUAGCCAGUGCCCGCUGGAACAAGACCCUAGUUAUAAUCUGUAGUGUUGGGUAAGUGGAGGUGAGGGAAUACAAGGACAUCAUAGGUUGUCAGCACAUUGCUUCAGUACAGUGGGAGACACUGUCUAAGCUGAUGAACAACGAAUACAGUUAACUCUCACUGAUAACAGCAAAGAACAGAUGGAUAAAUGCAGCCACAGGCAAUAUCUUUUAUUUAUGUGUUCCUUUCAGUUCCUUCCUUCCUGAUGAACAUUCCUUUGGCAAAAUUCAUUGUCUCAUUAUCGACAGGAUUAUCCCAUUCACCUACUGAGAUGUGGAUUUGUGUAACAAUCUGUGUGUGUGUGUCUCUUGCCCCCCGCUCCUGGAGUGGGGUGAAUGUACUGCAGAACCAAUUGAGUUGUGUAAGGUGUGGAUGUACCACAAUCACUGUCAUCCUCCUUUCAUGGGGAUUCAUUUAACUGCAAGGCAGGUGGUUUGUGAGGGAACAGCAUCCUGGAAAUUUGCAACCCAUAGUGACUCUAUACUUAAAAAGUAGCCAGUCAAGAUGCCAGUUUGGGAUUAAGUGAACAGCAAUAAUGGCAUAGACUGGCAUGGCCAUCAACUGCUGCAAGUGAAUGACUGCCCAGUGCCACAACUGGUCAGUGUCACCCCAGUUUUCUGGCUGCAACAAAUCACUUGCCUCGGUUAUGUUAAAGAUAAAUUAUACAUUUGUGUUAAUCUAUUUGGCUGUUCCCCUCCGGACACCAAUCAUGUCCUCAGAUUUUAAAGAACGAAAGAUCUGAAUGAAUAUUAUCAAUUCUGUUUACAAAGAGUCUUGUCCUUUCAAUUUGGUAUUUAAAUAAACAUGUUGUACAUA